CCCUACUCUACUCUUUCUCCAAGACAGUCCCACUACUCCAAGCCAUGAAGUUCUUCUCUGUUACCGCUAUCGCCUUGGCUUUGGCCUCCUCUGCCUCCGCUGCAUUCUCGUCCUGCGGCGCUGCCACAGAUUCCUUCCAACUCUCCGGUAUCUCCUAUGCCCCUAACCCUCCUAAGGUCAAUCAAAACGUCUGUGUUACCGUCAAUGGAUCCUUGUCCAAGCCCGUCAUCCAAGGCUCUUCUAUCCGUGUCACUGGACACGUCUGGGGACUGAAGGUCUAUGACCAAACAUCAGACUUGUGUGCUGCCUUGGCUGGUAGCGCCACCCCUUGCCCUAUUGCCACAACUGUCACCUCCGUAACCCACUGCAUUACAGUCCCAUCGGAAGUUCCCGCAGGUGUAUCCAUCACCCUCAAGGCUACUGCUACCAAUGGCAGUGGUGAACGUCUCUUCUGCAUCUCUGGACCUUUGACCUUCACCAAUUAAACAGGGAUAAGAGACAUUGUUCCUAUUCAUAUCUAUUGUAUAUAUCCCUUCCUAACUUUUGAUAAGCUUCUAUAUGAGGAUUUAUGGUCAAUAAGAAAAGCAGCAAAAAUGUAGUUUCUUGUAGCCCCC